GAAAGCCAGGAAAAAAUGGCGUCAAAGUAAGUGAAUCUCGGUGGUGCAACAAGACCGUACGUGGAUGAAAAUUUGAGAAAAUCUGGUGAAAUUUUGGGGAUUUUGACGGUGAAAAGUGUUCGAAUCGGUGAAUGAAGCUGAGAGGAAUGAGGAAAAUCGAUAGAGGAUAGCUUAGGCUUUUUAUUUACCGCUGUAACCCGAGACAACCGCAAAACUUUGUGUGCAGCAGUAGCAAUUGCAGCAAUAAGGGGGCUAUCUUGUGCGUGACGGUAACCACCCCAAAACGAAAAAAAUAUCCAGAGUUUAGCAGCGUGAACAUGAACAUAGUCUAGGGUCGUUGUGGUUGUUGCAAGUGAGUCGAGUUCAGUCAAACCCACUAUCCAGCAUGGAAGAGCUUUUGAUGACUAUCGUGAAGGAGGCGACCGGAAGCAAACAGCAGAACUUGAAACAAGCCGCACAAAUUGCACAUGACAAACUUCUACGCCAGCAUGGUAUCCACAGGGAUCCUUCGUAUGAGCUGCGAUCGGUGUGCUUUACCGCCCUGCAGAUGGCCCUCGAGACUAAACGACCAAAAUUUGUGACCUACGGGUUAAACGGAUUGCAUCGCAUCAUACGCGACGAACGGUUCUUCUUCGGUCUGGAACCGGAAGACGAUUCGCUGUGGUUGCCGGCUCAACUGCUACGAUCGACAUCGGGAAUAUCUACCGUCGGCAAUGAGGAUACCGUAGUCAACGUCCUUCGACUAUUCCUAUCCAUGGCCUGCUCCCCGACCUGCACUCUCAACGGUCGACUCCUAAUCGAAGUCCUCUCCAAGUGCGGAGAGUGCUGGGAAAACGGCUCCCGAGCUGUGAAGGCAGCUUCCCUAGCCGCCGGCAGUCAAUGUCUGCGAGCGUUCUGUACCUUCCUCAAGGACGAAGCCGAGGAGAUCCUUCGCACCGGUCCGGCUGGAAUCAUUAGCAUUGGCAUGGCUGCGGCCGUUUACAACGAGGUCAUUCCGGUUAUGCAAUGGCUGUGCAGUCGGUUGAUCGAACCCAGCACCGGUAGCCCCAAGCGAAUCGACGCUGCCGGAUCGCUUUACCUGAUGGAAUGUAUCCUAACGCUGGUGACCUCACUGCCUCCGGAUGUUCACGCCAAUCCUCACUUCACUGCAUUCCUGUGGCAGAAGUUUUGUCCAACUCUGGCCGCUACUCUCGGAUCUCCCGGAAGAGUCAACAUUGACAAGAAGUUUACGUAUAAAGAUGCCAUACACCUGAUCGAAUCGGAACACCGCGGCUUCUUCACCCGUCCGGGUCUAGAUGGUCCCCAAGCCCGUUGCAUCUACCUAACUAGCAUCCAACUGUUGCGGAUCGCCGGAGCUCAGGGAACCCUCAGACCCAUGCUGGAAGCCCUGUUCCAUCGGAUGUUGCUGCUCCCGAUACCGGCCAACCGUGCCGAACCGUUACGUUGCGUUCGCGAGAUCCUCAAAAGCCCCGAGCGCCUUAUCGACCUGUCGGUUAUCCUCUACCCGGACAAGAACCAAGGCCAGAGCUGCAGCGAUGAUAUGGCUCUGUUUCGGCUAAUAAUCGACGCCAUGGAAGAAUGCGCCACAACAUCUCAACACGGCAGCACUUCGGUCGACAACUCGAUGAACUCAAGCGUCGAAUGCAUUGUAGCCCUGCUCGAAAGCCUCCAAACCCUAUGCUCGGGAACGUUCGAUGAGUCAAUCAUGAGCGACCGCAUCGCCGACGCCAUCAACAAUCGCUACCACCAGCUGCGAGAAUCCGACUAUACCGGUCCGUUGACAUAUCAAUCGAUGGCACGGCUGCCGGCUCCGUAUCGGGAUGCCGUAGCCGAGUUGCGCCAGAAUGGUUUCGAAACCUCAUCCGAGUCGGAGAUAGAUGCUGAGCAUCCCAUCGAUCCAGAGGCAGGCUCUCUUGGAUCCGGGGACACCGAGGGACCGGAAGACGAAGCACAUUCUUCCAGCGAUGACGUAUCGUCAAGGGCGGACGGAAACUGGCCUUGGGCUCAUCUGGAAGAACCUCCACACAUCCGCUCGGAUGUAGACUGCGAUCGCCAUCACGCCAGAGAAUUUGCAAAAGUGCUGACCGGGGACCUAGUUCCAAAUCUGCUGAAACUGAAGGUUUCCGUCGAAGUGGAUGAAGCGAUUCAGGAGUUCGCCUCCAGUGUUUGUCAGCAAAACAGCCUGAACUAUUCGGACUACGAUUACAAUCUAACCGCGUUGAACGCGGACGGCAUUUAUCUAGCAACUUACUCCGCAUUGUUGUUGGCUCUGCAGCUCAUGAAGGCCGGUCAUUACGACGAAGGCCAUGAACCGAUCCUGAUUCCCCUGUCCGAGCAACAAUUCGUGACAUCCGUCCAAAACGCUGGAGUUCUGGUUUACCUAAGCUCCGCGUGGCUUCGCGAACUCUAUCAGAGUAUCCUGGCCUCGAACCCACUAGCAACCCUGAAGUGCAUUGAGAAUACCGAUGGAUCGCACUGUGCUCUGGUGGACAUGCUGUACGAUGCUGGAGGCGUCGGUCCAUCGCAAAUGCUAUCCGACUGGCAGCGGCUUCAGUCAGUUGUCCGCAUCCAAACAGAACCGAACGCCAAACAACAAGCGGCCAAGAAGCUUGCACGACGCUUACUGACUUGCUGCUGGGACUCGAUGGUUACGGUUUUAACCGCUGGUUUAGGCGAGGUUGAUGACUCCCGUACUGCACGGUUGAUGAAGCUAUCCAAGAAGACCUUACGAGUCAAAAAGAAAGCUCGCAGCUCCGGCGAAGCCCUGUACGCCUUGAGCUUAGAAGGCUUGCACGCAGCGGCAACGUUGAGCAACUCGCUUAACCUCCAACAUCUAGCGGGAAAAAUCCUGAACCUUAUCGCGACCAACGUUUGCCAGAAUUCCGGCCCGAAGAUUCCCGCCAGCCAGGCCCUGUCGAUGGAUGUGGUGCUAUCUGGAGGACUGGAGCUGGGGUCGCACUCCGCGGACUGCUGGCUGCCGGUGUUCUCCGUAUGUCGGCAUGUGACUCAGCUAGAACACGACCUGUUUAGCUCGCAGAAUGCGCAGAUGGGAAACGCUUCGCAGGUGGCCGGAAAUGGAAAGGAAGCUGAAUCGCCCAGCAAGAGCAGUACACAGUCGGAUAAGCUGAAUCUGUCGUCGUACCCGAUCGAUGAGGAUGAGACCUGCGUGGACGUCUACAGCUUCCUGCAAGCUCCGCUUCCCAACUCGAACGCCAACGUGGCAACCAUCCUGAAGGCGUACUCCGGCAACGAUACAAUCAACCUAUCGCAAGCAGAUACGGCCAAAAUGCUGUGCGCUCUUUCGCACCAGGCUGACACACUCUUCUCGGAUGCUGCCGAGCGCUUGGCGCUUCCAGCGCUGCUGCACUUCCUGAAGAGUUUGUGUCGAGCGUCGCGCGAACAGCUCUACCGGGGUUCAUCGUCCAAGAAAGGUAAGAAGUCCUGGUGGCUUGGUCGUCCGUGGAAGGUGAAGAACGAUUCGCUGCCGCUGUCGCUGCUGUUGCAUCGCGUCGGAGACGUCACACUCAAGGUAUUCCGGGGACCAAGGCCGUUAUUGCACAUCUUGAAGGUUUGGGCCAUUACCGGACCUCAUUUGAUGGAUGCUGCUUGUCACAAGGACCGUGCCAUAUCGAAACGUGCCAUUGAGUAUAUCCACGAUAUCAUCACCGCUCUUCUGGUGGAGCAAUCGGAGCUGCCGCACUUCCACUUCAACGAAGCGCUUCUUAAACCCUUCGAGAAUCUGCUGAGCAUGGAUUCCUGCGACGUAGACGUUCAGGAUCAGAUAGUGGCUUGCCUGUACGAGAUCGUUGAGGCUCAUCGUACGGAGAUCCGGUCCGGCUGGCGACCUCUGUUCGGAACGUUACGCACCGCCCGUAACCGUCCGGUGCAUUUGUCCAACAUCAUAGACAUCUUCCAUGUAUUCCUCGAGACGGAUAACACGCUGGUGUUUGCAAACGCCGGACUGGAUUGUAUUCUGUGUCUGUUGUCCUACUUGGAAAUCUCCGGUAGUGGUGGCAGUGUUGCCGGUUCAACCGGAGGCAGCGGCAAUGGAAACGAAGGCAGCACAAAUGACGACAAUAACAUUAGAUCCAGUGAUUUUUUAUAUGAUGCUUUGAAAUUCCUCGAACGUUGCUCAUCGAUCCUUAGUUUUAUGUACAACAUGCCUCAGUGUCCGAAUCUGCACUCGACCUACAAGAUCAAGGGGAUCACCUACACUCACAUCAUCGAUGCUAAUAUUCCAAACUCGAUGGAGAACUUCACCUACUUCGGGCAGGACUAUCUGCAGAGCAGCAAUGAGCAGUACAUGAUCAGUUACCGAUCGCUGCACAUCGAUAAGGAGACGAUCACCAAGAUCGACGAGCUGGACAAGCCGAGCGGAGUGUUGAAGGUGUGGUUCCUGCUGUUGGAUGGUCUGACUAAUUCGCUGAUCGUGUGCCCCAUUGCACACCAAUCGCCGAUUCUGCAAUCGAUCUUCAAGUUGUUCAAAUCGCUUCUGAUCAACCCGGGGAUUGAGUUCGGGUUCUACUGCAUCAACCACUUGCUGAUUCCGAUGAUUCAGGACUGGCUGCGGUACGUGAACAAGGCCCAGAAGAAUUGGAGCUUGAUCGAGAAGAACUUCAAGCACUGCUGUUGCAUGACCACCGAUCUGGUGGUGGAGUUCAUCGAAAAGUCACAGACGUCGCUUGGCGGGCUGGAGGACCGUAUUGUGAUCGGGAGCGAGCAGACGUUCAACCAACACCAGCAGAGUAUGAAGAAGAACAAGUUUACGAGCAUUGUAAGGCCGGUGGAUAACAUGAAGUAUAGCAAGCUGAGGAAGGUGACUUCGGUGGAAGAUCAACAGCAGCAGCAGUAUGCGGGGUAUUAUGGGAGCAAGAAGGACGACGAGGGAUCGGGUGCAACGAAAAUCCCGACGGCAGCUAUCUUAGCGCUGAAGCAGUUGUUGCUAGUGUUGAUCGAGUGUUCAGCACAAUCACAGGAGACGAUCGCCCGAGUCGGGGUAAGCUGCAUGAAGCACAUUAUCUUUUCGACGGGUCACAUCUUCAACGAGGAUCAGUGGAUGGUGAUCACGUCGGCGAUUCAUCGAGCCAGCACGGUGACAAUGGCUCCGUUGAGGCAGUUGAUCUUUGCGUUCAAUGAGAACUCGAACAGCUUCUACGGAGAUUGUGCGAAUGUGAAGGUUGCAGCAAGACGUGACAGUACGCUGGACGAACUGCAGAGGGUGCACUCGUUGGCGCAGCAGGUGUUUCUAAUGGACAACCAGCGAGACAUGUUGAAUUCGAAGGUCAACAAUAAUGUUGGUGGAGGAUUGAAUGGAGUUAACGGAGCUGGCACGGCUACGGAUGAUCGAUCGUAUUCGUUCUUGCUGUAUCCUUUGAACUGCAACACGAAUAUGACGCAGUCGUGUUCGGUGAACGGCGGAGGCAUCAGCGCUUCUCUGCAGAGUAACGGACUCAACUUAGACAGCUACAUCAUUAGGAUUCCGUAUAGGAAUCUGGUGGUCGGGCUGCUGGCAAGCCAGAUGCUGUUACAGUUGAUUGCUAACAUCUUGCUUAACGGAUUGACGAAUGUUCCGAAUGAGCUGAACUCUUGCAUCUACAAUGGUGGUGAGACUACCGCAAGCAAUACAACCAAGGCGUUAUUCCAGCUGGGUUAUCGCAGCAAGGAAGUUCUUCUGAGAACUUUGAAGCAGUUCUUGAUUUGCUCGAUGGACUUUGAUCUGCGACCAGGACUGAAGUUCCUGAUCCAGAAAGUGUCAAACAUUGAAAGUGCGGCUAACCUGUACAAACAGAUGACCUCUUCCUGGAUCAUCAACUACAUGACCUUGGUAGAUGUCUACAUCAACAAUAUUCGGGCGUAUAACCUGAAUGAAGACGACAUCAAGUACAUCUUGGACUCGUGUAGUCACAUGACGGCCGCCAGUCAACAGUGGAAGAAGAAUGAGAACUUCGUCCACUACCUGCUGGCCCUGCGGGAUCUCUGGGAUCUGAUUGCGGAGCAUUUCAUCGACAACAUGGAGAGUAACGGUAACGAUGGAUCGACCGUAACGCACAUUGUAGAGAACAAGUUGGAGAAAUACGAGCGCUUUGACGAUAAGCUAGAUAGUUCCGGAGGUGAAGAAGACCCGUCGAGCUCACCUGAGGGGAUCAGUUGUGGAGAUCCGUCGAACGAUAAUGACAACCCUGGGAUGGAUCCAGAGUCUCCAUCGAAGAGUGAUGAGGAAAGCGUGUCCGUAUCGACGAUCGUUGGUAAUCACGGCGGUAGAAUGAAUCCGUUCAACAUCUCUGCCAAUCAGCAGCAGCAUCUACAUCACCAACAACAGCUGCAGCAUCAACAGCAACAACAGCAAUCGAUAUCUCCGGAGAUCGAGCAGCAAAGAACGAAUAGUAUUCAGAAAGAUUUGAUAUGUAAGCGAUCGGCGCUGAAGCAGCUGAUCGUGGCAUCGAUGGAAUUGCUGAAGCUGCUCCCUGAGGAACAGGCCGAGCUUUUGAAGCUUCUGCUAACACCGAAGAUCCGCGAAGCAUUCCGGGUGAUCCAGGAACAGGGUACGGGGGGCUUGACGAUGGAAUGAAACGCUCUCUUCUACGUAAAUUUUUUGUCAUACUAGUAUAACAGGCAAACGUACAUUUCGAUGGAAGACAAGAUAUAAUCGACUAGACUGAAAUCGUUUAACAAAAAUAUAUAUCGCAAAUUUACAGACAAUGCAAACUCCUGAAUUGAAGUUGAAUGGCAGAUCAAGAAAAAAAAAACACAUAUUUUGAUGAUAUAUAGCUUUACAUGAUUUAUACAUUUACGCAUGGAACAAAACAAAAUCAUAUAUACCUAUAUACAUAUUGAAGCCCCUUUAAAAUCCUAUAACUGUUGAUAUAAGCUAAGGAAUUUACUAAGAAAAAAGUACGCAAAACGCCAUUAACUACUACACUAUUCAGCUACACGCCCUCCACGCAAAAGCUGUGACAACAGUCAGCCACAUUUACACUAACACAAACACGUUGCUCAAAAGUAAAUGUCACUAAGCCAUCUAAGCAAGCCAGCAGCCAUGGCUUCAAGCUACUACAAUGCGCGCGUGUUCUACUCGUUUCAACACUGACAACUCGAUAUGUUCAAAACCUCACCUAUUUAUCCAGAAUGCAACCAAACAAUCCCCCUUUUAUACGCACCUAUAGCUACCGAAUCAGGCUUUCCACAUAUACUCACCUUCAAGCUAACCAAUACCAGCGUGCUUUCGUAUUUCUUUGAUUUUCUUCUUUCUUUUGGAUUUCGAACGCCUCACGAGGAUAUAUAGCAAGCGUGUUAAGCCAAAGCCUACUGCGCCGGUGACUAUUUUCUCUAGCCUAUACCAUUAGAGGAAGUUAGCCCAGCAAAAUCUAACAAUCAUUCGCUUCUGUGACUCUUAAGCUCUCUCUCUUUAAAACCUUUCUCUCUCGACGAUAAAAGGAAUAAAUCAAACAAAAAUCCAAUUGGAACAAAACAUCAACAGAAACUGGCAGCAGCAGAAGAUGCCAAUUACGAUAGUUAUGAUUAUCAUUACUUAUUCGUGGUAUAUGUGUACUCGAGUUACUACACACACAGAACACUAACACACAUACAAACAGAUCAAGCAAAAAAUUGUAUUUAAUCCGCUUGAGUUGAAUAUGAAAAAAGCUUAAAAAAUUAUGAAAUCUAAAGUAUUUCCGUGAUCGGAUCAGUAUUUUAACCCCUUUUUCCAAGAAAAAAAAAACAUGUGUUUGUCACAAUUUUAAAUUUGAAUUUGAUUAUCGGUUCCAAACCCAAGUUUAAACGCAGCAAGAAGAAAAAGGUUAACCUUCAUUCCCCUCCCCAUUGAACCGUUCUCAAAAAUCUCUCUCUCUGAAUGUGGGUAACCAAAUCCAAAAAAUUAAAACAGAUAAAAGCAAAACAAAAAAACAUGUAACGAAUCAGUAACAAACCAGUAUAACCAGCAGAACAUUUCAAAAACAGAACGUGAAAAUAAGUAUUUACUCUUUCGGAAGGAAGGUGCGCGGAACAGGAAGAAGAAGAAGGAACUGAAAACAGAAGAACAGGAUUGACGGACGGAGAAGUGCGUGUGACAGACAGACAAACAGCAACCAAUUCCAUCACCGACGUGGAACCUGUCGAGUAAAACAAUAAACAAUUGAAGUAAAUAUUAUAUAUUUGUGCAAACCGAAA